UUUUCUUCUUUUAAAGACUUCGUUCGUUACAAACGGCGCCAGUGCCAGUUAAUAUUGUUGCCGCUCUCUGCCUGGAAGGCUAAAUACAGCAAGCGGUGUGUCGCAUUUGCCUCCUCUCAAAAAACGAACGUUACAGAGUGUUCAGUGUGCAAGUGAUUGAAAAUCAAAAAGUUCCAGUUUUCCCCCCAACCAGUUUUCGCAGCUUUCCAGCGGGUGAACUUAUUGUCGGCAGUCGCAAGAUAACGGAGAACCUCCUGCCGGGAAGUCGGAGUAGGGGGAGCAAGAGCGUGAGCCACGAAAACGUCCAACGAACGAGAUACGGGCCAGCAAGCUCUCCGGACCGGACGGGGCAACCCCUUUAGAGCAGAGCGAUACGUGCGCGUGUGCAGUUGCGUGUCCACCUUCGUGCCGGUAGUGUCGGUGUGCGUGUCGUCGCGUCCAGCUUUGAUAAGUGAAUUCUCCAAUCAAUCGGUGCUUCCCGUGCAAGCGGUAUGACGUCCAAGGGUGCCGCCACGACGAACGGUUCGACCAGCCCGAAGUACGAGCCGCGGCUCUGUCACGUCGUCAAGCGGCCCGAUUUCGAUGGGUACGGGUUUAAUCUGCACGCCGAAAAGGGACGCCCCGGUCAGUACAUCGGCAAGGUGGACGAUGGUUCGCCGGCGGAAUCGGCCGGCCUGCGGCAGGGCGAUCGGAUUAUUGAGGUGAACGGUCAGAACAUCACGACCGAAACGCACAAAAAGGUGGUGGAGCUGAUCAAAGCCGUCCCGAACGAGACGCGCCUGCUCGUGAUCGAUCCGCGGGCGGAUGCGAACGAUCUGAAGCUGGCGCUGGCUAAAGCGGCCGCCGGGAUGGUUAGCAACGGCACGGCCAACGGAACGGCCAACGGACAUCACGAGAGCAAUGGGGUGAAGGAGAAUGGUGUCAAGCAGGACUCGAAGGAUGCGGGCAGCAAGCUGGAGGAGAAGGCAUCACCCAAAUCCACGAACGGAACGAUGGCGGUCGUUAACAACAAUAACAACAACAACAGCAACAACAACAACAACAACCACAGUCACAGCAAUGGUAACGGAACGACGAAGACGCCCAUCGAACCGCCCAUGCUGGAGAAGAUCAUCGACGACACGAAGAAGGUCCUGACCGUGACGGAUGGGGCCGCUGUCGGGAAGAUGGCACUGAACGGUACGGCUCCACCGGUUACGGAACCGACCAAAACCGUACCACCGGCAACCGGCGAGGGCAAGAAGCUUAAUCUACCGAUGACGGCAGCGGAGAUGCGGGCCCAGCUGGCCGCCCGCAAGAAGUACGAUCCCAAGAGCGAGGUGUGUGAUCUGCGCAAAAAGUACGAAAUCAUACAGAAAAUGUAAUGCACAUUUGGCCGGAAAAGCUUAACAUAACCCCCUGUACGAGAGAAAGAGAGAGAGAGAGAGUCCGAUGGUUAAAAGGUGAACGCAAGGUGGACUAAGGAAACCCGCUGUUGCGAGGCGCGGGGUGCGGAUAUUUAUACACCAACAGCUCCUCGAAUGACGAAAUGUGUGCUAAAACACCCCCUAACGCCAUAGGGGAGCCUCCGCGAGGUGGGCUCGUUUGAACAGUAGAUCUUCCGUUUGUUUGCUUAGGGAUAUAGCGGUGAGGCGGAAGUGCGAGUCGCGCGAGUGAUGAUUUAAGGCGGUCGGGCGCAGGUACGAUCAAGCAUCGUAGUGGUAGGAUAGGACGUAGACGUUACUAUGGCCAAACAGGUGUGUGUGUGUGUGUGUGCCCACUGGACGGAGAAAGUAUUGUACCGGAAAUGGUCAAUGUCAAACUGCUGUACCGUUUAUCUACGUAGGGGACCGAGACUCUCCGGAUAAGAAGGUGUGUUGCUCGUGUGUGUGUGUGUGUUUGGACGGUUAUCGGACAGAGCUAUCGAGAUUGGUGCCGCCGGCACGGAUUGGUCGCGAUUGAUCGGUGUUCUAAUUUAUUGUGCCUAUAUCCCGUUCCCUCAAGGGUUCACUUUAUUGUUCGUUUAUUGACCUUUGGCAAAUGUUCCACCACAGAAAAACUAUCCGUCUUGCCCAACAAAAAAACAAAAAAAAACCCUCUUUAAAGCCCUAUUGUGGUCCGAUAGGAAUAUUUUGGUUUGACGUUGCAACGCAGUUACCCGCUAUCGUGCACGCGUUUCAAACCACGUCUGAUAACGGGUGACACGUUAACCCAUCGCACCAGUUCACCCAACUAUAUCAGCACCUUCUUUGUGAUCGGAUCGAUAGAUAAGCCCGCCGGAAAGGUUGACAACGCACGUUGCUCGAUUACGUUCGAGAUGGGAGGACGACGAACACAGAGUCGGGUGGUGAAAAUUAAUUGAUUGGAGCAAAACGGAACACAACGGACGCAUUCUUUAGAUAGCCUAGAGGUUGCUGUUGUGUGGUCAGCUAUCAGAUCGGUGACGAGGUACAGACAGCAUCAGGCAAGAAUGGUUCCAACGAUACUUCUACUGCUAAAAGAACUCACCACCAUGGAAAGGAUCGACAAGAAAGGAAGCAGAACACGUGUGCCAAAAUUCCCCGGACUCCGAUCCCGUCCCGGUCCAAUCGUUGCUCCCCCCCACCUACCAUAGUUUGCAUUUUUUGAGCUUGCAUUAUUUACGGCCUAUCGAUUAGGGUUUUAGUUGCGUAUAGCCAUAUAGGAAGAGAGAGAGAGAGAACACAGCACACAGAAGUGAUCAUCCUCCUCCAGCGAAAGAAAACUAUCAUCACAGAGGUGUAAAUGCCUAAUAUUAGCGAUAAGAGUGGGGGAGAGAGAGAGAGAGAGAGUCACACAACACGCGUCUGUGGAUGGAAGGUUAGUAGCAGUUACAUUUAAGAAGGUACAGUGUAAUGAAAACUUACAAAAGUGGCGUAUACUUGUGGAGAUAUACAACUUGCACCGAACGCAUAAAACGCGCUGUAAUAAGUAGGAAUAAAGUAUUUAUCAUAUAAGCAGA